AUGUCGCUCUACGAAGAGUGUGUCAAGAAGGUAAGACCUUGCGCCCGGCUUGGGAGAGGCAAUCAAUAACGUCAGAGUGGCAGGCUGGUGGUGAAGAUCGCGUCUGUGAGAAUUGCAAACGUAUAGUCAAGUGCUACGACACCGUCUUUGGCGUCAGAGCAGCGGGCGACAAGUUGGAGGAUCGAUGCUACUUUUCGACGUUACUGGCCGAAGCCUUUUCGCGCUCCGCGACGUGCUGGCAUUGCGGAUGGGUAGUCUUGCUUGCCUCGAACACCUGGACGAGCGAGAUUGCAGCGAAUGUCUCAUCGCCAGAUGCCCAGUUCACCAAGAUAGAAAUCAAUUGGCAGUCCAUCUCAGUGUACAAGGAUUCCCGGGCUGUGGAGGGCCACCCAGUCAUCGAGCGCAUCUGGCUCUCGUAUUCAGCGCCCUGGACGGGAUCCGAGAAGAAGAGUAUCUCCUUCUCCAAGUGUCUGAACAAACCACAGAAUCUCUCGUUUGACACGGCGGAUGGAGGUUUGCUUGUCGCGCGCAACGACUCAGUCCAAUGGGGGCCCAAGGAGCCGUAUGCAGGUCGCAUUCGACCUGCAAGGAUUGACCUGCAGUUAUUGAAGAAUUGGAAGGACAACUGCAUCCAUGAUCAUGGAGGCACUUGUGAUCAAACAUUCAUGACCCAUCAGGCAUCACAUCUUCGAUUUGUCGAUGUGUUGGAGAGGUGCGUCAUCCAAGCUGCUCCCGACGAGGUGACAUGGACGGCGUUGAGCUACUGCUGGGGAGGGCCUCAGGAGCAUGCCCUGAAGACAUCCAACUUCGAUGAAUACCAAUUACCAGGCGCCUUGCGCGAUGAAAUGCUGCCACCUGGAAUCAUUGAUGCGAUGACGCUCGUUCGGGCGCUGGGUGAGCGCUAUAUAUGGAUCGAUAGCUUGUGCAUCAUCCAAGACAAUGACAUAGACAAGCUCGAAUUUCUACCAAUGAUGAGCACCAUUUACGCCCAUUCAGUCCUCACCAUUGUCAACGCGGCCAACGACAAAGUCGCCAUGGGCAUGCCUGGCGUCAGCAUCCCACGGCGCAUGCAAAAGGUACAUCAGAUGAAAGACUUUUGGCUGGUAGAGGCAUUGGACCUGCCGCAUCAAAGCUGGCAGGGCUAUCUACAUGGGAGCACCUGGAACACUCGGGGCUGGACCUUUCAAGAGGGGCUCUUAUCACCGCGUUGCCUAAUAAUUGGCGAGGGCCAGGCUUACUGGCAGUGUAAGACGAGUUCGUUUUGUGAGGACAGCUGCUGGGAGAAUCCGCCAGGCAAGAACAUUUAUCGGCACUACUCUGGCUCCGAAAUAAUUAGUAGACUCACUGACUCGAGAGAGGAGAACUGGAUGGACUUGUACAAGGAUAUUCUCGAUGGGUACGCCAAGCGAGAGCUGACAUCAGAGACCGACCGCCUGGGCGCCUUGGAAGCCAUCCUUGACGUGCUCCGUCGCGAUGACGAGGAGGGCUACUUCUGGGGUAUGCCUAGAGGUCAUCUGGAAAUGGCACUGUCUUGGUCUUGGCACGCAUCACGAAACACUAGGAGAGGGUGUGAGGCAAAGUACAUUAGCCCAGGAAAGCAAGUCCGUUCUGCUCCAUUUCCGACCUGGUCAUGGCUAGGCUGGCAUGGAGCUACCCCCAUGCCGACGGUGAAUAGAGCGAUAUUGGGCGGCAGACUUGGCUUGAAGUUCUACCGCAUCUUGGAUGGAGGCGUUCCAGAAGCGCUCGUCGAUGGUGUCCCCUAUGCUGGACCAGAGAGAGACUUUUCUAAAAAGGACUACAUGACACACAACGACUGGUUCGAAACCAUCGGUUAUCCCAGGGGGCUAACGCAUCCGUCCUUGGACUAUUCCAGGCAGUCAGUUAGAAGAGCUGAUAUUCCCGAGAGUGUACUCUUGAGUAAACAGGCUCCGUCGGCACUGUGUUUUUGGACGAGCACGGCGGUCCUCGACAUGA